GUCAGACUUCGGCAGGAAUCGAGAUUUGUUUGAACCGUAAGGCAGUCUGUCUGUCCGAGCCGUGCUUUAAUCACGGCAGUCGCAAGAUACCUUGAUCCGUCGGUGCGGAUUGUCGUUGUGCAACUCCAGAUUCCAAUUGACUUUCACCCCGACCACCCGGAAGACCGGAGACAUCCGCCAGCCCUGCAGCGCCGGUUACGUUAUCCCGAAAGUUCUUGACCGAGCCCCGGAGUUAUGUUUGACAGCUUCGUCACCGCGCUCUCGACUUGACUCACCUUUUCGCUUUGCAAUUUUUAUUUCCACCCGCCCUAUGCCGAGGUGGUCUCGGGGCUCCCUCCUCCCUUCGCUAAGUAGCAUCAUUGUCGUACUCUGUUCCUAGCGUCCGCUUCCAGAUACUGUUCAAGCGGUUGGUUGAGUAGGCAGGCGCCUUGCUCUGUCUGUCUCGACACUCCCCUCAUACACUGACCGCCGGUGUCAUGCUUCUGUCCCGAGCCCAGGCCCGACUGGCCCCGGCUCAUAGCCAUGCCCUAGUCCGCCUGCGGACGGGCACCGGCGCCCCGGGAUUGCGACCGAUGAACACAGUCGCAUCUGCCAAGAGACAAGUCCGUCAAUCCGACGCCCCGUUCCGUCUGGCUGUCAUCGGCUCAGGGCCCGCCGGUUUCUACGCCGCUUACCGCGUCAUGUCACAACUACCAGCAGCUAAGGUUGACAUGUACGAGUCGCUACCCGUUCCUUUCGGCCUCGUUCGUUUUGGAGUCGCCCCAGACCAUCCCGAGGUCAAGAAUUGCCAAGAUAAGUUUGAAGAAGUUGCAAGCUCGCCCAACUUCUCUUUCAUGGGUAAUGUCUCCAUUGGCGACUCGGCUCUUCAUCCCGACAGCUGCACUGCCCCGUUCCCCACGUUACUGCGCAACUACGACGCCGUGUUGCUGGCGUACGGGGCCGCCAAAGACAGAACUCUCGGCAUUCCGGGAGAGUCUAAUCUUCAGGGUGUCUACUCGGCCCGUCAGUUUGUGGGCUGGUAUAAUGGGCUCCCAGAAUACUCUGGACUGGCGCCGGAUCUAACAAAGGGCGAGGAGGCUGUCAUUAUUGGCCAGGGUAACGUGGCUCUGGAUGUUGCUAGGAUGCUUCUCGAAGACAUUGACGUUCUACGGCGGACCGACAUUACGGAAGAGGCACUGGCUCAGCUUGCAACCUCCCGUAUCAAACGAGUCCGCAUCAUUGGAAGACGCGGACCGAUGCAAGCAGCGUUCACUAUCAAGGAGGCCAGGGAGCUAAUGAAAACCCAAAAUGUUGCCUUUCAUCCUGUGGAUAAGACUCUCGUUCCCCCGGAUAUCAAGUCGCUGCCCAGAGCAGCGAGGCGCUUAAUGGAGGUGGUCGCCAAGGGCUCUGCAGCUCGCCCAGAAGAUGCUGCUAAGUCAUGGUCACUCGACUUUUGCCUCAGCCCUGUUGAAUUCCGAGCCAGUGAAACGGCCCCGUCUGACGUCGGGAGCACCGUUUUCGAACGAACGGAACUGUCUCACAAGUUCGACCCUGGUGCCCAGGCGCGCCUCACUGGGGAAACAUUGGCAAUGCCAUCGAGCUUGGUUUUCCGGUCUAUCGGUUACAAAUCCGUACCAUUGCCGGGGCUCGGGGAAGCCGGUAUAGCAUUCGAUGAGCGGCGAGGCGUCGUGAUGAACGACGGACGUGGUAGAGUUCUUGGAACGGACCAGGGCAAAGGCUCUGACUCGACCCAGUCAGGAGUAUCUGCCGGCGUCUACUGCGCUGGAUGGGUGAAGCGAGGUCCAACUGGCGUGAUUGCUUCGACGAUGCAGGACGCCUUCGAGACAGGUGACUCCAUUGUCCAGGAUUGGCUUUCCGGCUUACAGUUCCUCUCUCAAGCCAACGCAAACCCCGCGGCUGGCUGGGAGGGUGUUCGAGGUGAGAUAGGCGAGUCGGCAUCUAAGAGAAUUGGAUGGGAUGACUGGCGUAAGAUCGAUGACGCAGAGAAGGAAAAGGGCCGAGCCAUAGGCAAAGCGCGGGAAAAGUUUACAUCCACCAAGGCUAUGCUGGAGGUGCUCUCAUAGAGAAUGGUGUCAAGUCGCGUAGUAUUGCAAGGGACCAAACACGUGUAGAUAUAUCCGUCAUUGUAUAUUACAA